UUUCUAGCAGCCAAUCAGUGUCCCCGUGGUUCCCGGUUUCAAAGCCUCCACAGACCCGCCGGACUCAGCUUCCCCCAAGGGCGGAGAAUGCUGGCCAUGGGGCCGCGAACCCUCCUCCUGCUGCUCUCGGGCGCCCUGGUCCUGACCGAGACCCGGGCCGGCUCCCACUCCCUGAGGUAUUUCCUCACCGGCGUGUCCCGGCCCGGCCUCGGGGAGCCCCGCUUCAUCAUCGUCGGCUACGUGGACGACACGCAGUUCGUGUGGUUCGACAGCGACGCACCGAAUCCAAGGAUGGAGCCGCGGGCGCGGUGGGUGGAGCAGGAGGGACCCGAGUAUUGGGAUCAGGAGACGAAGAGGGCUAAGAACACCGCACAGAUUUUCCGAGUGAACCUGAACACCCUGCGCGGCUACUACAACCAGAGCGAGGCCGGGUCUCACACCUUCCAGUGGGUGUACGGCUGCAACGUGGGGCCGGACGGGCGUCUCCUCGGCGGGUGUGACCAGUUCGCCUACGACGGCAGAGAUUACAUCGCCCUGAACGAGGACCUGCGCUCCUGGACCGCGGCGGACACGGCGGCUCAGAUCACCAAGCGCAAGUGGGAGGUGGCAGGCUUUGCCGAGGAACACAGGAACUACCUGGAGGGCGGGUGCGUGAAGUGGCUGCGAAGAUACCUGAAGAACGGGAAGGACACGCUGCUGCGCGCAGACCCUCCGAAGGCACACGUCAGCCAUCACCCCAUCUCUGACCGUGAGGUCACCUUGAGGUGCUGGGCCCUGGGCUUCUAUCCUGAGGAGAUCUCACUGACCUGGCAGCGUGAUGGGGAGGACCAGACCCAGGACAUGGAGCUUGUGGAGACCAGGCCUUCAGGGGAUGGAACCUUCCAGAAGUGGGCGGCCCUGGUGGUGCCUUUUGGAGAGGAGCAGAGAUACACGUGCCAUGUGCAGCACGAGGGGCUUCCGGAGCCCCUUACCUUGAGAUGGAAUGAAAAAGGAGGGAGCUCCACUCAGGUUGCAAGCAGUGACAGUCCCCUGGUCUCUGAUGUGUCGCUUAUGGGUCCUAUAGUGUGAGACAGCUGCCUUGUGAGGACUGAGUGAUGCUCGGUCCCACUUUGUGACGUCAGAUCCCCAGACUCCUCUUUCUGCAGCUGCAUCUGAAUGUGUCUGUGCUCCUAUUAGCAUAACGUGAGGAGGUGGGGAGACUGCCCACCCCUACCCACUGCCCUGACCUGUGUUCUCCUCCCUCAUCUACUGUCCUGUUCUAGCAGAGGCAGGGCUGGGUGGGACUCUAUCCCUGUCUUAACUUUACGUUACACUGAGUAAUGAUGCCGUGUUUCCUUGUUGAAAAUAAAAUCUAUAUAUAUGAA